UUCUUUUCUUUUCUUUUCUUUUCUUUCCAAAUCGUGCCAUCCAAGCGGGCUGCAAGCAAAGUCUCCCACUGUGUAACUCCAAAACAUUAGAACAGAAGGGAUCAAACUAGGGCAAUUGCAAAUCAAGCCCAAUCGGACUCCCAAAUCAAUCAAGUCUCGCCUCAAUCUAUCAUUUUUCAGUAUAGAGACGAAGAAGAAAUGGAAUUCCGAUGCAUAGAGUGCGGAUUUCGGAUUCGUAACAAUAAACCACUGUUCGUUCAAUAUUCUCCUGGAAACAUUCGCCUCAUGAAAUGUGAGAACUGCAAAGCAGUUGCAGAUGGGUAUAUAGAAUGCGAGCUUAUGAUUCUUUUAAUUGAUUUGAUACUGCACAAGCCAAAAGCAUAUAGACAUUUACUAUACAAUGUGCUCAAUCCACAAGUUGUGAGUCUUGAGGGCUUGUUUUGGAAGUCAAUUUUCGCUUUCCUUCUUCUGGAUACUUACAGGAUACUGGUCUUAAAUUGGAGUGACGCGGGAUGGAAAUUGCCCAUCAGGUUUUCUUCAUUAGUUUUGAGAUAUGGAAAGAUGUUGAUGGAUCUCCUUCUUGGAAACUUCAUGUUUCUCUACAUUUUACUCAUUGUCACAAGAUUUUUUUUGGACAAAUCGGCUGGAGUUUCUCGGUACAAAGAUAUUUUGCUUGCUAUCUUUAUUUCUAGCUACUUCAAGGUCUUUUUCAUUGCCAUGAUGGUUUGGGAAUUUCCAGCUUCAGUGCUUUUCAUCAUUGAUAUAUUUGUUCUGUCAUCCAAUACAGUGGCUUUGAAAGUUAUAACUGAGUUGUCCGUUGAUAAAUGUUUCGGGGCUUGCUUCAGUGCAUAUGCUGUCAAGUUCUUAGUCAAAGGAGCACUUGACAUCAUCUGCCAAGAUCAUUGAAAUAAUUCAUCAUCUUUAUUGCCAAAUGACUUCUAAGUUCAAAUGCAGCAAAUCAACAUGCUUGGCAGUGCAGGUGUGAAUAUUAUCUUUGAUCGACAGAUUUUUUAUCACUUGAACAAGAUGGAUGACUCUAGCUUUCACGACUCUGGGAAAACCGGCUAGCUAGGGAGUGUUGUACGCACAAGUCGUUAUCAUUUUGGAACAAGCACAGCAUGUUGUUCACCAUUUUUGUCUUGACAAUUGGUCACUUUGACAUGAGAUGGGACAAAAGUCUGAACUUAUAAUAAACAGAGAAUCAAUCAUUCAUUCCUGUGACGAGGUUGUCUUGCCAAGCUUCAAUUUGGGGUGGGGAGAUGGAUACCCAUCCCAAAUUUGAAAUUGGUUAGAGGAUUUUUGCCGGCGUGCCUUGAUUGGGUAACAAAUACUCUUUAAGGCACUAAUUUUAUCGGCAUUUCUGUUCUACCUUCUCUCUCUUCCUGGAAAUCUUGUAUGCCUAUUACGUUGUUACUCUUUGAAGGGAGAGAGGAGACUUUAUUUUUAUUUUUUGUGUAAUUGCUAUAUUAUCACUGGAAUACAUAUUAUUUGCUUUCAUUAGUGGCUUAGUAAUCAUUUUCAAACAAGAGAACCAAUUAUGAGUAUUUAUGUAAAUGGUGAUAUAAAAUGAUGACAACGUUAAUGAUA